UGCAGAUAUAGUAUACCUGACUUUCUUUCUCUCGUUACUACAGAAAUUUAACUUAGGCUAACACGAUGUGUGAUAUUUUUAAAGCGGAAUUUAAGCUUAAAAAUUUCAGGUUUCCAUGUUCAAAGCCCGAGGCUUUAUAUACAUGCCAGUGGAAAUGGCAUCGAGCUAUUUACUGGACGAUUCGUGUUAUAAUGGCAGCAUAUGCUCUCGGAGCUGUAAUGACAGUCUAUGUGAUGUCCGUCGGAGAAAAACAUGUAGUUCUUGUGUAUUUAACCAUUUGGACAUUCACAUUGCUUACAAUACAUCUAUGGAUAGCAACAGUCAUAACAAUAUUCUACAGACCAACUAUGAAUAAAUCUGGUGAGAAAAUGCAUGGUGUUACAAAUCCUGAUUUUCUACCUUCAAGUGUUGAAAGUACUCUGUCACAAACAGCAGACUCGAACAGAAACAACAUAGAAGAAGAUAAAAGAUAUAUUCCUUGGUUCCUAAAAUUGUCAUGGUUGCUUGGAGAUGUCGUGUUAUCGUUUGAAAUUGUGGUUUCAAUAAUUUACUUUGUAUUUUUAUUUCCGGAUAAGGAAAACAGGGGUGUGUUAAUCAACGACAUGAAUAUGCAUGCCAUGAAUACAGUGUUUGUGUUGAUUGAUUUUUUUAUAAGUGCAAGACCUGUUUAUUUGCUGCAUGUAAUUUACCCAAUUAUAUAUGGAACUAUCUAUGCUAUAUUUAGUGCCAUUUACUGGACACAAGACCACGUGAACAAUGUACUAUAUUCUGUUCUAGACUGGAAUAGUCCAGGUAAUGCUGUUGGUCUGGUAGUGAUUUUAGCUGUUGUCAUUCUACCUUUGUUUCAACUUAUAUUUUUUGGAUUGCAUCGUUUGAAGUUGAAAAUCUAUUAUCAUUUAUAUAAGACGACAUAGGUUUAAAACAUUUGGUCUGUGAAUUCUUUUCGGAGAUUAGCCCAACCCUGUCGAAUCUUUUCGAAGACAUAAUGUCGGUUUUCAUUAGUACGAAAAUCCGCUCAGUCCCUAUUACUUCUUUUCUUCGAAGAUCUGCCCUGUCCCUGUCGUUUCCUUGUUUAAAGAACAUUUGCGUAGGUAGUCCCUGAAGGUUCGUUUUGAAGAGACGCCCAGUCCCAGUCGUUUAUUUUCCAACAUGUUCAUAGUCUCCCAUUUCUGUGGCAACUAGGAAACUUGUUUGAAAAAGUCAUUUGCCACCACUACCAUUUGUUAGUUUAUAACAUUGUCAUCGAUGAUAUGAAGCUUGUUCCUAUAGUUCAAUACUAUUAUACACUUUUGUCAUCCCGGUGCCAUGCAUAGCUUUAGUAGUUUCAGUUUUGCUCAUUGUUUCAGCUAAUACGAUGACAUGGAGUUGUUCACAUACUUGUUUUGUUGUCCUGCGAGGAAUGCUGACUGCCAAUAAGCCUGGUAACUAUCUUUUUAGAACAUCAGGACAAGGAUUACAACAAUUACAGUUCUCGUUUUAGAUAUUGUUGUUCGGUGUGAACCAAGGCUCCGUAUAUAAGGCCGUACUUUGACAUAUAAUGGUUUACCUUUAUAAAUUGUUAUUUGGAUGGAGAGUUGUCUCAUUGGCACUCACACCAUAUCUUCCUAUAUCUAUAAAUUGAUUAUAUGCAAAAGCAAAAUAAAGCGUAAGCUAUUAAAGUAUCAUCUGAUAUAUCGAACUACUUUAAGGUAUAGACAUAUGGCAUGUAGUUGUGUUUGUGCUCCGUAACGGUUGAUUGAGUUUCGCCAUUUGCAACUGUUUUAACAGUUUGUUCGUGUGCUGUGUUGUUGUGUCGUUGUCAAAGAAUCAGAGAGGGUCAAGUGCUGACAGACAUGUUUAACUCCGUGGCGCAUGUCUUCUCCAAGUCGUGAGCAAUUGGUCCAGUAGUUGUCUUUGGUUCAUGUCGGUCAUCUUUUAUUUCGUAAAGUGUAACACAUUUUGUUGUUAGUUUUCUCGUUUUCAUGUCGGGGUUUUGCAGAGCUGACUAGACGACAUGAUGUAUUUCUCAUUGUUUUUUGUUUACUGUACAAGUACCAUAUAUAGAAUGUAAAGCUAUUCGGAGAUGGAGACUGAGGGAACAUGGACUUAUUGUUAACGAUCUAAACAGGGCUUUAAGAAUUACUGCACAAAAUAUACGUUGUCUCGUUUUGAUAAGCAGGAAAUUCACCAAUGGUCAAUAGCGUACAUCAUGAAACAUUUAUUUGGAAAAUUAUUACACAAUAUGUACCUAAAAGUCUUUAUUCAGCCGGGAAUAAAGAAGAAGUUAAAAGUAAGAUACGAAUAUUUGUUGAACAGUCGAAAGUGAAUAGUAACAAGACUUUAUAGACGAUGGAAUAAGGACUUUCAUCCUCAACAAUGAAUAUAUUGGUAACUCUGUUUACCAUGCAACAUCCGUAGUAAAUUGUAUAAAUUUAGAUAAAAAUGUCGAUAUAUGAAAUCACCUUUACUACCCGCUAAAUGGACCAUUUUUUUCAUUUUCUCAUAUUGUAGCAUUUGGAGAUGAGAUACACUUUUUGGUUUAUUGUGACAUAACAGACCUAUUGUAAUCGAUAAAACCCUUUGUCUACAAAUUCAGUUAUACACGUGUAGAUUUGGGAAAAUGUAAAUGAUUGCAUACAGUUCGAGGUAUCUAAUUUGCGUAUAUCAAUAUGAUGGCAAAAUUGCGCUCUGUAUUAUUUACUGAAAAAAUGUAUGUGCGUAGAUCAAAUUCAGCAAUUUCAUGUUUUGCAUUAUUGUAGUCGAUACUAUUUAAGUAAACCAGAUCAUUAUAGUGGUUGUAAAUUCGUUUGUUAUUCAUUUAUCGUAUUUCUAUUUACUCCAUACUCAGUUUUGUUGCUUUGAAUAAUAAUAAUCAAAUUCUUGAAUUUUUUU